UUCUCAGCAUGCUGAGUAACCCCCUUGGGAAUGUCCUGGGGAAGCCCCCGCUGGGUUUCCUGCCCCUAGACCCCAUCGGUUCAGACCUGUCAGAAAAGUUCUCCACGCCAUCACUGAGGAACUCCCGUCUGGAUUCCCGCUCCCUCCUGGAUUCCCGCUCCAGCAGCCCCUCGGACUCAGACACCAGUGGAUUCAGCUCUGGCUCAGACCACCUCUCAGAUUUGAUUUCAAGCCUUCGCAUCUCCCCACCUCUGCCCUUCCUGCCCCUCAGUGGGGUGUCAAGAGACCCCCUAAAGAUGGGAGUGGGAUCACGACUGGAUCAAGAUCAAGCUGCCUUAGCUGCAGUCACUUCCUCCCCAGCCAGUGCAUCAAAAAGAUGGCCUGGAGCAUCUGCGUGGCCUUCCUGGGAUCUCCUGGACUCUCCAGAAGACCCCUUCAGUAUCGAAAGAGAAGCCAGGCUUCAUAGGCAAGCAGCAG